GCUAAAAACCCAACCCUCUCCUUUUAAUUUGAGGUUAACUUAAUUUAACUUAUAGCGUUAUAUCUUUACAAAUCACUUGUUUUGUUACGACCUUUUAAAUAGGCAUACAGAAUAUUUUUAUUAACGUUGUUGUCAAUUAAUUAUUGCUAAGAUUGUUGAAAUGCUGAAAAAGUUAGAAACCAAGGCCCAAUAGAAAAUUAAAAUGUACUGAGUAUUAGUUUAUUUGCUUUGCAAAGGACUUUUGGCAAGAUUGUACAUUUCGUGGAGUCAUAGGCCUAGCGCAUUAAAGGAAUAAUUUGUAUCAAUCUCAGAAACUUACAACUGAAAAAUGGCUCAUCAUUUUAGAGAGCAGGAUAUUGAUGAGUUUAGAGAGUGUUUCUUCUUAUUUGCGCGCAGUGGGCAGAUCAAAACUCUUGAUGAACUGACGGUGAUAAUGCGGUCAUUGGGAAUGAGUCCCACAAGCUCAGAACUGAAAGGAUAUUUGAAGGAAAAGGGUGGAAAAAUGUCAUUUCCAGACUUUUUAAAAGUGAUGCACAAUCACAGUAGAUCAGAGAACCUACCUAAGGAGGUGGUAGAUGCCUUCAGAGCUGCAGACACUGGCAAGAAGGGGAUGAUUCCUGCCACUCAGUUACGCCACAUGUUGCUGCACUGGGGCGAGCAACUCAGCACCAAGGAGGUUGACCAGAUAUUUCGUGAAGCUAAUGUACUACCAAACGGCAUGGUCAAAUAUGAAGAUUUUGUCAAAAUUUGCUGUGCCCCUGUGCCUGAUUACUAUUGACAUCUUUUGUUUGUUUAUCAUGGUGGAAGACUGGGCUAGCUUUAGUUUAAUUAAAGUAAAGUAGAAUUUGCUGAUGAUAUAAGAUGGCAGAAUUUUGUUAAUUGUUUUUGAAUAUACAGAGUAUUUAUAUUUAUUUUUGUACUUAAGGGUGUUUGGUAAAAAAAACAAUAUAAACAUUUUUGUUGUUGUUAGAUACUAAAUUAAAAGUGCCUGGUUGUUAAAUGAUUUUUACAAUAAAUAUUAGGCUUACGGAACUAUAAAAUAUGGCAAUUUUUAAAAACCAAGGGCCAAAACACAGGCCCAAAAAGUGAACAUCAUUUAUUAAUUUUAUAUUUCUAUAAUAUUUAUUAUACAAUUUGUUUAAAAAGAUAAUUUCAUAAUUUCUCCCCGAAAUUUGAAAAUUGUAGUAAACUUGUCAAUUUGAAAUAAAAUUUAAAUACAUAGACACAAGUUCAUAAAAAACAUCUAAUUUUCUAAGAAUAAGAUCAUAAAAAACAUCUAAUUUUCUAAGAAUUACAUACAUAGAUUUACUUAUAUUGAAAUUGUUCCAAUGAGAUAUCUUGUUUCCUACGACCAGUAAAUGUUUAGCUUUAUUUUUAGAAAUCACUUCUAGCCAACCUGCACUACACGACACUCUCGGUGUGCUAAAAGCUAAAAGCGACAGUGGUGGCAUCUCUCGUACCCAAAGAGCCUUAAACUACAUCUGGGAUUCAGUAUUAUUAUUUAAUAUUAUUUAAAUAUAAAUAAUAUAUUACAUUUUGAUAUUUUGAAUAAAAUGUUUAAACAAUUACUUUAGUAUU